GUCGCGUCUCGUUACGAAACGCACUUUCCGGUUUCCGCUUUUGGAGUGAAAUGAGGUCGUGAGACAAAGGAUGUGUUUUGAGAAGAGAGGCAGCGAUCGGAAGCCGAUAAGGAUAUUCUACACAACUAAUAUGCAGUAAAACCUUGGCGGAUCUCUGCCAUCUUUCUAGCAUCUGACAUUCUUGCCAUAUUUCAAAUAAUGAGUAUGAGGAAAGACACAAUGAGCAGGACGUUGACACAGAGGAGGCUAUUAUCCAUUACUGAAAUGAGCUAAAAUAGAAACUUCAUGAAACUUUAAUUCCCAAUUAGUCUACAUACUAUCUAACAUCACAAAUUUUGUUAACGUUACCCGGCAGGGGCUGUCGGACAAGAUGGUGAGGCACAGCAAGCUACAGAAACAAAUUCUCAUUCUGUAUAAACAGUUUUUACGCGCUGGAAAGGAGAAGCCUGGCUUCUUACCCAGAAUACAACAGGAAUUCAGAAACAAUGCAAAGAUUCCAAAAACGGAUGUUAUGCACAUAGAGUAUCUGGUGAGGCGCGGACAGAGACAACUGGAACAGCUAAAAGAUGUUAAUACAAAGCAACUCGGGAGCUUUAUUAAAACCUCUUCUGACAUGGAUGGUUAAAGUAUACAAUAGAUAUUAAUAUAUUCAUUUAUGGUGGAGAUUCUUGUAAAAAGAACAUUUUCAUACUUGUAAGAUGUUCUAAUGCUGAAAAUUAUGAACCCAAAAUUGACCUUUGCCAAUAAAAUAUUACUAUGCAGUGACAAGGGGCUCACGUUGAUCCUUGUAAUGGAGCUUCUCAGUUUCAAUAACAGAGCAGGUCAACACGUUUUAAAUAUGCAUUAAAGUUUUUCUCAGUUUGUUGUUCA